CUUGAAGAGAGAGGGGCUUUUUUUAUUCCAGCAAUGGGGAGCAGGAACAAGGAAGACGAACGAACUGAAAAGGCCAUCCGGAGUUUAUUGAAGCUUCCCGAGAACCGAAGAUGCAUCAAUUGCAACAGUCUGGGUCCACAAUAUGUCUGCUCAACUUUCUGGACUUUUGUCUGCAUCAACUGCAGCGGAAUCCAUCGAGAAUUUACACAUCGUGUGAAAUCUAUAUCAAUGGCCAAGUUCACUGCAGAGGAAGUUAGUGCACUUCGCGCAGGAGGAAACGAGCGAGCCAGACAAAUUUAUUUCAAAGAAUGGGAUUCUCAGCGUAAUGCUUACCCCGAUGGCAGUAAUAUUUUUAAGCUCCGAGAUUUUAUCAGGAGUGUCUAUGUGGACAAAAGAUACAAUAGUGAGAGCAAUGACAAGAGCUCACAGCUGAAACCGGCUGUCACAGAGGAUUACAGGGAAAGUAAGAAGGCCAGUGCAAACUUGUUGGGAUCUAGAAGCUUCCACUCUCUGGAUAAAUCUGAAACUGAAAGAGCUAGUGCUGUUGGGAGGAGUGGAAAUGAAUCUCUCAAGUUUUAUUUUGAUGAUAAGAAACAUAAACAACAAAACGUCACGCAUAAUAAUCCAAAGUCUAGAGGCUUACCAAAGAGUCCUGUCCGGUUUGAGAUUGUUGAUGAUAGGUUUAGAGACGAUGGAAGUGUUAAGAGAUAUGAUGCUCGUAGAGAGUCAAGAGGAAGCUCCAAAUCACUUGACCUCUCAAAUAACAAAGACACGUCAAGUUUUCCCAUUGUACGCCAUGCCAGUGAGCUCUUAGACGAAAAUGCUCCUCAUUUGCAUGUAAGAAAUGUUGUCAAAGUUGAGAAAAAGAAGAAUCCAGUGAAUAAUCAGACGACUGCAUCAUCUGAUAAGAUGGACAAUCCUGUAAAUUUGAUUGAUGAUGUACCAGUUUCAGAAACUUGUGAUGAAAACAUCACUCAAACUUCGAAUGAACUUCCUGCAUCUCAAAAGACGACUGAGGAUCCAGCUCCUAAUUCUUUGGAAGCUUUGUUGUUCGGACUCUCUGUUCCUUCUAUUGUCUCCCAAACAAACAACUCUGUAGACAAUUAUACUGCAGAUAACCUUGAGACCCAGGCGAUGCCAAGAACACCAGACAGUGUUUCCUAUUUGGUCAAAUCACCUACAAUUGCGCAAGCCGGUUCUUCAGGGCCAGAGUUUCCUGUUGCUGUUGAUAGCUUAGAUACAAAAGAUAUGGCUACACCAAGUGUAGAUGCAAAUAACCAGGUUGGUCCCUCUAUGAAACAGGCAAAUAUGGAUUUCUCAAAUUCUGCUCAUGGAGUUGGAUCGGAGCAUCAAGAUGAGAAAAAAUCUUGCGUAAGAACGGCGCUUCCCGAGGAUCUUUUCACUGGAGGCUUCUCAUUUGCCUCUCCACAAGUUCAUGUACAACAUCAUGGCAUGGGAUAUGGCAUGCAAUAUUACCAAUAUCCUGUGACUACGGGUGCUUUUACAUAUACGGCAAAACCAUCAAAUCCCUUUGAUCUUAGCUCUGAUGAUACAGGUCCAAACCAAGCACCACAAUUUCCUUCUAUGGCAUACGUACAAGGAGGAGGCUUGCCUCAUGUUUCAGCACCUAGUGGAUUUUCAGAUUCUUCAAGUCCAGCUGCAGAUUCGGUUAGACUGAUGGCCUCUCAGUCGCCAUUUUAUACAACUGCUUCAUCUCCAAACUCUCCAUAUCUUGCAUCCAAUAUUUCCCCUGGUGCUUAUACAGCGCAGCAAUCACAUGUGAAUAUGUCCCCAUCAUUCAGGCAAGAGAUGAUGAAUGGCCUAGGCACUGAAGGAAUCACAUAUCAUCAAGCAAACAAUGGAUAUCCUUCUCCAAACCCAAAUGCUUAUAUUUCUAGAGGAAAUCCAUUUGAAUGA